UGGUUUUCCCAUCUUGGAGAGGCAGCCAGCAAGGUUCUGUCUGUGCCAGCAGUAGGGCUGGGAAAAGAUGGAUCUCAAACUCCCCUUUCUGAAGUUGGAGUGUUUUCUUCCAAGUUACCCAAAUGACUUCUUGAUCUUGACUGAAUUAUACCCUAAGAGAACUGGGCAAAUAAUCAACACUAUUGCUCAAUUUAUAUCAUGGUAUUUUACUGUUAACAUUGAAGAAGUUGAAAUUGUGAAAGAUCUUACAUAGCUCAGUCAUCAAUUAUGAUGGUUACUAAUAGCUAAUAAAUCUGAACAUGAACAGCUGUGAAUGAGCUAGAAGAAAUAAUGCACUGAAAGGACAUUUCAUUGGAUGCCAGGGCCAAGAUCAUCCAUAAUAUUGUAUUCCUGAUCACUGUGUAUGGGUGUAAAAGCUGGGCAGUGAAGACAAUGCAUGCAUGGUGCUGGAGGAGAGCUUUGUGAAUACUCUGGACCAGCAGAAGGCAAGCCAGUGGGUCCUAGUUCAAAUCAAGCCAGAACUUUCCCUAGAAGCAAAACUGACAAAAAGCUACCAAGAAUGACAAAGCUGGUAUAUUUUGGUCACAUCAUAAAAGGGCAAAACUUCCUGGAGAAGACACUCAUGUUGGGGAAGUUGAAGGCAGAAGGAACAAAAAAGACCGUAUAAGAGAUGGCUUGACUCCAUAAAGGGAGGCGCAGUCUUGUGUUUAUAAGAACUGAGUAAGGCUGUCAUGGAUAAGACAUUUCGGAGCGCUCUCAUUCAUAGGGUUGCCGUAAGUUGGAGACGACUUGGCGGCACAUAACAACAACCAUUGUAACUAUUAUCUGAGUGUGUCAUGCACUCAGUGCUAAAGUGACAAGCAAAUGUAAUGUGAGAUCUCAAAUAUGGCCACACAUCUCUUGAGGAACAUUUGUCAAGUCGCUCAGUGUGCUGUGUGAUCAUCAGAUGUCAGUUUGAUAUGUGUGUUCAACUUCAAAGAGAUUUGCUGGAAGCAAGUUUCAGGGAUGCUUUGCAUAUGCUAUUGGGGUGUUUUUCUUUUGCUUUGCUUGUGGUCAUCCUGCAAGGAAUGCCCAUGGGAGAAGAGAGGUCACAGCUAUUUUUAACUGUGCAUGUUUAAAUAGCAUGCCUGAAGAAGGUGUUCAUGAUCACAUAUUUCUGACAACAUUAUGCAGAAGUAUGGGGUUAAAACAGCGAAAUGUUUUUUUUAUCCCCCAUCAGAUUAUGGGAAAGUAUUGAAGAGAGCCACAUUCAUAUUAUAAAGAUAUGUGGCCCAUUUUUUUUGUGUUCCAGCAUUUCCCAUUAAAGAUUGUACGGAAGAGGUCCUUUGUAAAAAAAAAAAAAAAAAAAGGAAAUUGACUGCUCUGAAAUGGCUGUAGAUACUUUUAAUCUUGAUUUAGCUGUUAAAAUGGGUAUAACAUGCCGCACAUUUCACUGUACAAAACAAUUCAGCAUCUUCCUUUCUUUGACUUUGUGUGAACCAGAAUCUAGAAACAAGGCAUGCAUAGCCAAUAUGUCCCUGGAUCCACUCAGGCUCUGACACCCACAGUUGUGAGAAUACAUUGUGCAAGGUUUCUUCAUGGAAUCUGAAUUCAGGUGUGUUCAGUUCAGGGAACUUUUCAGAAAGUAUUAAGUUUAACACUGCCUUUAGUGAAGGCGUGUCCUGGAUGACUUGCUGUUGUUUUAAGCGUUCAUUUGAGAAACUCCUUUAAUCUAUUACAAAGGCUUGCAAGAUGUGUGUUAUUCCAACCGAUUCAUAUCAUUUGUAUUCAGAAUGAGUUGGUUCCCCUGGAAAGGUAUCACCCUAUUUGACAGGUCCCAAACCCAGCCUAUUUUGACAUCUGCUCCUAAUUUGUCUGUUUUUAAAAAAACUAAUGUCUCAUUAGCUGGGGUUAAGUUCCUGCCGGAGUGAAGCAUGGUAAAUUCCCUUUGAUUUGGCUAGUAUUGUUGGGCACUUGCUUCUCUUUCUUCCACUGAAUCACUGAGGUUUAUAAGUGCUGAACUGUGAUUGGCUCAUGCCCUUUCUUAGCUAGCUUAUGGUGGAUUUAGGUACUGCAUCCUUUCAUUGACACAAACCCACCAUAUUUACUCAUUUGAUUUAUACUUUCCACUCAAAAACAAGGCUCAAGGCAGCUCUGUGGUAGGAUAGGCAUAAAAUUUGAGUUACCCAAAUAGUCUGAAAGUAUGUGCUGGACUCAAAAGCCUAGUUUUCAACCAGUUGCAAAAUCCUGUGAGUGGAAAACAAUGUGACAACAGUUAGCAGUUUAAAACACACACACCAGUUCUAAGUAUAUUGAAUAACUUCAUUGCUAUAAAAAGUACAAUGGGAGAACAGUAUUUUCAAAUCAUUAUAAAAUCAUUGGAAGAAUUUCUGUCUGCCAUUUAACUCAUCAUUCCACUGGCGAUGAAUCCAAUCCUAUGCCUGUAUAGACAGAAAAAAGUCCUCCAAGCCCCAUCAUGCUGCAGCCAGCCAGGCUAGGAGAUGUAGAACUCUUUUCUGUCUAAACGACCAUACAUUAUUUGCAUACCCAAAAUGUACCUCCUCACUGUAAGGUUCACCUACCUUUUCUUAUAAAUGUUUGAAGGAGGAAUAUUUACAAUCUUGGAAGCUUACUGGUCUUAUAGUUCAAAAGUUUAAUUAUUUAUUUGUUGUAUUCAUAUCCUGUUUUUUCCUCCAAGGGCCCCAAGGAGAGACGCAUGACUCAUCUCUGCUCCAUUUUCUCACCACAAAAACCCUGUGAGCUUGAGAAAGGAGAGACUGGCUGGCAGAGAGAAUAGAGAUGGGAAUCAACAUUGUGCCCAGUUUUGUGGUCUACUAAGGACGCUGCGCUCUAGUGACUAGUUUAAUCGGCUUUGGCUGGUCUAUCAUAGGAAUUGUCUUCUGGUGAUGAUGCAAGGCAGCCUGCGGUAAAGGAAGGAUUCUAAAGGCUUUGCUGGCAGGACUCCUCCGAGGAUCUGAGAGGCGGGAGUGAAAAAAGGCUCUUCUCGGUGAAGUAAGGAAGGGAAAGAAACAGGAGAUUUAAACCACAAGCAAAUCAGAACUGCCGCUACUGCAAUGAACUGGCUAGAUGAACCAAACUGGCAGCUUCAUGUUUCUUUGCUCAUGCUGCUUUCUGUGCACACCAAGGCAAACGUCCUAGACAGUAGGCCUCUGAGGAGUUCUGGGAAAGUGAACAUGGAAACCCGGAAGGAAGAUGGUGGAAGUACAGCAGCUGCCCCUCCCCAGAAGAAGCUGUUGUGCCACUGCCACCACUACUGUCCAGAAAACUCAAAAAACAACACCUGCAGUACUGAUGGCUAUUGUUUUGCCAUGGUAGAAGAUGAAGAUUCUGGCGGGCAGACCUUCACCACAGGCUGUAUAGGAUUAGAAGGUUCUGACUUCCAGUGCCGGGACACUCCAUUGUCUCAACCAAGAAGAUUAAUUGCCUGCUGCACAGAUCAAGAUUUCUGUAACAAAGAUCUUCACCCUACUCUGCCACCACUGGAAGAACAAGCUUUUGCAGAAGGAAACAUUCACCACAAAGCCUUGCUGAUUUCAGUAACUAUCUGCAGUAUUUUCUUGGUACUUAUCAUCAUAUUUUGUUACUUCAGGUAUAAAAGGCAAGAAAGCAGACCACCUCGUUACAGCAUUGGGCUCGAACAAGACGAGACUUACAUUCCACCAGGGGAAUCCUUGAAAGACCUUAUUGAACAGUCUCAGAGCUCAGGAAGUGGUUCUGGGCUCCCUCUGCUGGUGCAAAGAACUAUAGCAAAGCAGAUUCAGAUGGUGAAGCAGAUUGGUAAAGGUCGCUAUGGAGAGGUCUGGAUGGGGAAAUGGCGAGGAGAAAAGGUGGCUGUCAAAGUAUUCUUCACUACAGAGGAAGCCAGCUGGUUCCGAGAGACGGAAAUUUAUCAGACAGUUUUGAUGAGGCAUGAAAAUAUUUUGGGAUUUAUUGCUGCUGACAUUAAAGGCACAGGGUCUUGGACUCAGCUGUAUCUUAUCACUGACUACCAUGAGAAUGGAUCCCUGUAUGAUUAUCUGAAAUCCACAACCUUGGAUACCAAAGCCAUGCUGAAGCUGGCCUACUCCUCGGUCAGCGGACUGUGUCACCUUCAUACAGAGAUCUUCAGCACUCAAGGCAAGCCAGCGAUUGCCCACCGGGAUCUCAAAAGUAAAAACAUUCUCGUGAAAAAAAAUGGAACCUGCUGCAUCGCAGACCUUGGUUUGGCUGUUAAAUUUAUUAGUGAUACAAAUGAAGUGGACAUACCACCAAACACCCGGGUAGGAACAAAACGGUACAUGCCUCCUGAGGUGUUGGAUGAAAGCUUGAACAGGAAUCACUUCCAGUCAUAUAUCAUGGCUGACAUGUACAGCUUUGGACUCAUCCUUUGGGAGACAGCAAGAAGAUGUGUUUCAGGAGGUAUCGUUGAAGAAUAUCAACUUCCAUACUAUGACCUUGUGCCCAGUGACCCUUCCUAUGAAGACAUGAGGGAAAUAGUAUGUAUCAAGAAAUUACGGCCUUCAUUCCCGAACAGGUGGAGCAGUGAUGAGUGCCUAAGACAAAUGGGGAAACUAAUGACAGAAUGCUGGGCUCAGAACCCUGCUUCUCGGCUCACAGCCCUCCGAGUAAAGAAAACACUUGCCAAAAUGUCAGAGUCACAGGACAUUAAGCUUUGAUUUGGCUGGCAAAAGGCACCUUUAUGCUAAAGUGCAGAAAAAUGGACUUUCCUUCAUGUUUCAAAGAGACAGGAAGAAUUAUUACAGGCUUUCACUAAUAAUAAAAACCUUGAAUGCAGACAUUUGACAAAGCAUCUGUAUGCUGGUGCAGAAACCUUUUUCAGAGGUGAGAGUGGGGAAGUGCGGCACUGUGAAGAAUUUUUGGUCCCUGUUCUGCCAAAUGAGAAGAUGCUUGGCCUCUUUUGGGAGCGGCAGGAGAAGUGAUAUGGUUACCUGCUUCAAGAUUAUGCAUGCUGCUUUCUAUGAAAGCCCAUAUUAAUAUUAUUGUAAUUGUUAUUGUUGCUGUUGUUAUUUGGGUUGUUUAAUUUUCCUAAAAAUGAACCUUUGAAAAUGCAAAGUAUAAGAAAAGAAUUAUAUUGUACUACUAAAGAAAAAAAAUCAGAGUUGCCUCUGAAACCUCAAAGUUCCUGUAUUGUUUCCUAUUGUUAGAUAAGACUCUUGCACUCCAAGAUAACUCAAAACCCAACUUGUUUCAGAAGUGAAAAGCAAAUAUAAUAGCAACCAUUGUAUAAGUGAUCAUCCUUGCGUGUCUGAAUGUCGGCUUCCCGUGUAAGUUGUAAGAUCAUGUAUCUGAUGGAAACCACCCGAUUUGCUGCCAAGCAGUGCCUUGUACCGGAGUCUACUAUUCUUGUGUCCCCUGCGCAAGUGUGUCACAUUUCUGUGUCUUCAAGGAACUUCCAUCAGAGGAAUGAUAUGCUCUGGCCAGACUCCUUGGGCAAACCCUUUACACUGAUCCCAUGGAAGCCGAUGGGAAUUAAAGUACAGCCAUUCAUUUAAUGGGGUUUAUGCAGGUGAAUGUAGGUGACACUUACACCCUUGUGGUCCACCUGGCAUUUUAUACUCAAAACAAUGUUAUGCAAUGAAUGUGAAUUAGAACAAGUUUAGUAAAAUAUGAAGUUGUAUUUUCUUAACAGCCUUCUUUUAUGACUGGAACAUGAAACUGUUCCCAGUGUUGCAUCAAAAACCCUCUGUCUUAAGAAAAUUGUAUUAAGAGUAUAAACAAUGUUGGCAUAAAAGGAAGAACUUUGUUUGAGGUCUAUCUGAAGAUGGUAAGCUGUUACUGAAAGGUAAAAUAAAUGCUUUAAAAGUCAUGAA